AUGCGCACGCUCUGUGAUAUUUAUAAGUUUGUAAUCGUCCUACUGGGUGUAAGUGACUGUGGUUUUGGAUUAGGAUAUCAUAAGGAUGUGGGAAUCAAGCAGGCGGAACACCUGAUGCAGCAGGAGACUUCCAGGAUCAUUGGAGGACAGCAAGUGCCCAGCAUUAUGAUAUAUCCAUAUCACGCUGGUAUUGUGGCAACCCUUACAAGUGGCUGGACGUCGAUAUGCGGAGGUACCCUGGUCUCUAACACUCGGGUAGUUACAGCAGCCCACUGCUGGUGGGACGGACAGAGCCAGGCGCGUACCUUCACCAUCGUGUUAGGGUCGUUAAAAAUAUUCUCUGGAGGCACUAGGUUGGCAACUAGCGAUAUUGUAGUGCAUCCAUCUUGGAAUACGAAAGACAUUGUAAACGAUAUAGCAGUGGUUAAAAUUUCCAGAGUUCAAUUUAAUAAUAAUAUCCAAGCUAUUCCAUUGCCGGCUAUGUCAGAUGUGAAUAACAUUUUCGCUGGAGUAACAGCUAUUGCUACGGGAUUUGGAAAGAUGAGUGAUGCACAAACAGGUUUCCCUCAGACGACUCAGCUACACCACGUAACUCUAAAAGUUUUGACAAAUGCUGUAUGUCAGAGAAGCUUCUCUGACGUUGCUAUUCACGGCAGCCAUCUUUGCACUGACGGGGCAAACCGUGUUGGCACCUGUGAGGGAGAUUCUGGAGGCCCAUUAACAGCUGUUGUCAAUAAUAAAAGAACUCUGAUCGGAAUAGUGUCGUUCGGUUUGGGAGACAGCUGUCAGGCGGGGACGCCUUCUGUCUACACGAGGGUGACGGCUUUUCUUACUUGGAUCAACGCGCAACUGUAA